UUCAGUGUCCACACUCCACAAAUUUAUUUAUUUUAUUAGUUAGAAAACAAUCAACAAUUAUGUGACAGUGUAGUGGGAAGUGGAAUGCCAGUGGAUUUGUCGUGGUGAGGCCGGAGUGGAUAUUCUACCAUUGCCGAUCAUUCCAGAUCAUGUGCUGACAUCAUGGAUAAUAAGUCCAGCAAACAAGUAGAACUAGAUACGUGUGAAAACUGUUCUAAUUUCUCUGUGGACGGGGAUGGCGAUAAAACUGCAGCUAUGGUGUCACAAGCAGAGAUUUGGCAGGAAGAUAAAAAAUUCACUGUAUAUAAAGUUGUAAUUUGGUCACGGAACGAAUCUUGGCAUGUAUUUAGGCGUUAUAAUGAAUUUUACAAACUUAGUGAAGUACUAAAGAAACAGGUGCCAGAUUCAAAUUUAAAAAUACCAGGUAAGAAAUUGUUUUGUAACAACAUGGAUCCCUCGUUAAUUGCCUCUCGUCGGGAAGGUCUUGAUCAAUUUGUACAUCAUUUAAUGCAUCAAAACAAUUUACUAAACAUAAGUGAAGUCCGGAUAUUUUUUAACCUGGAUACUAAAGUUAAAGAACCAGACAGACCAAACCUUCUUAAAUGCUCUGGCACCAUAAAUUUAGGACCUUCAGAAAGACCAUCAGCUAACCCAUCAGAUUUUGUAUUUCUACGUAUUAUUGGAAAAGGCAGCUUUGGUAAAGUUUACUUGGCUGAACACAAAACUGAAUCCAUUCAUUUUGCUAUAAAAGUAUUGGAUAAAAAGCACAUACUUGCAAGAAAUGAAGUCAAGCAUAUCAUGUGUGAACGCAAUGUUCUACUGAAAAAUAUCAACCACCCAUUUCUUGUUGGCCUUCAUUACAGCUUUCAAACCAAAGAUAAACUUUACUUUGUACUUGAUUUUGUAAAUGGAGGAGAGUUGUUCUAUCAUUUACAAAAAGAAGUUAGAUUCUCAGAAACCCGAGCUAAGUUCUACACAGCUGAAAUAGCAUCUGCUCUUGGUUAUCUCCACUCUAAUGGUAUUAUUUAUAGAGAUCUCAAACCAGAAAACCUGUUACUUGACCAAGAAGGACAUGUGGUCCUUACUGAUUUUGGGUUUUGUAAGGAGGGUCUCAUCGGAACUGAAACUACAAAUACAUUUUGUGGAACUCCUGAAUAUCUUGCUCCUGAAAUAAUUAGGAAAGAAGCAUAUGGCAGAUCAGUUGACUGGUGGUGUCUUGGUGCAGUACUAUAUGAAAUGUUGUUUGGACUACCACCAUUUUACAGUUUAAAUGUGCAAGAAAUGUAUAAUUUAGUUUUACAUAGUAGAUUAAAAAUAAAAGGUCCCGUUUCAUCACAAUGUAAAAGUUUAUUGCACAAGUUAUUAGAAAAAGAAAGCAAUAAAAGAAUUGGUAGCAAUGUUCAAGAUUUUAAUGAGGUUAAAAAACAUUCAUUUUUCAAAACAAUCAAUUGGGAUGAUUUAUUGAACAAACGUAUUACACCACCUUUUCAACCACAACUGAAUGGAAAAUGUGAUUUGCAAUAUAUUGAUCCACAGUUUACAAAAGAAUCUCUCAGUUCAUCCAUGUCAUCGUUUUGUGAUGAAAAACUUUCUACUAGUAAACAGGAUAUAGAUGAUGUUUUUGCUGGUUUCUCCUACACUCCUCCAUCUAGUUUAGAUUAAUAAUAAUCAAACCACAAUUGUUCCUAUCCUUAGUUAAUUUUACACAUUUAAUCGACUUGUGAUUGGUUCACGAAAACUUACUAUCUACAAUUUUUUAAUACCCUAGUCUUAUACUAAAAGUUUUUAUUCUAAUUAAUAUUCAUGAAUAUUAAUAUUCAUGUUUUUUAAAAUAAAUAAAUAAUUUAUUCAAAAUAAAUAAGCAAUAACAUUCCAUUUUUAAUAUACCAGCACCCGUGUGUUCAUUACAUUAUUUUGCAGCUUAAAUAGUCAGGGUUUUUAAGA